AUGCUCCAGGCCCGUCAACUAGGCAAAGAGCUUUAUGUUGGAGUUCAUUCUGAUGAGGACAUUCUUCACAACAAGGGCCCAGUUGUUAUGACAUUGGAUGAGAGACUCACCGCCGUUGAGGCAUGCAAAUGGUCUACAAAGGCGGUGCCUUCUGCGCCGUACGUAACAGACCCUGCUUUUAUGAAAGAGUACGGCUGUGAGUAUGUGGUUCACGGUGACGACAUCACCACCGACGCAAACGGUGAGGACUGUUACAAGGGCGUCAAAGACUUGGGAUUAUUCGUCGUUGUCAAGAGAACGCCAAACAUUUCCACCACUGACUUGGUGGGUCGUAUGUUGUUGAUGAGCAAAGCACACCACUUCAAACCCAUCCCUUCUCUUCAGACUGCUUUGGAGCACCCUCUUUUCUCCAACGAGGAUGCAUUGAAAAGAUUUGAAAUGUACGCUUCGGAUGCAACGGGAAACAAGAAAGGUUCGGCCGUGUUCGUCAACGUCGAGGGUGAAGACGGGCUUAAGACGGUGGUGGAGCCAUCACCUGAGAUCAAGGAAAAGUUGAAUAAUGGUUCUGUCUACAUUGACGGCGCCUUCGACCUUUUCCAUCCCGGCCAUAUCGAGGCCUUGCGUUGUGUAAGAGAGAAAGCCAAUGGUAGAGCCGUCGUGGUGGGAAUUUAUGACGACAAGACGAUCAACACCCAUAAGGGAAUGAACUACCCUGUCAUGAAUCUUUUUGAGAGAUCGCUUUGCGUGUUGCAGUGCCGUUACGUUGACGCUGUUGUCAUUGGCGUUCCUUGGAAGGCUACAAAACAGUUGUUGAACAAGAUCCCUGGUGAAGUGCAGGCAGUUUUCCAUGGACCUGCUCCAUUCGAGGAGGGAGCAUACAGUGAUGUGGCCCCAUUAGUCCAGGAACUUGGUCCACACAAGUACGACAACAUCAACACUGCAUUCAUCGUCAACCGUGUGUUGGACAACAAGAAGGCGUACGAAGAGAGACAGCGCAGGAAGGGCUGGAAGGCAGAGAUUGAGAGUAAACUCCGCGCCGACGAGCUUCAAGGAAACUAG